AUGGACCGAUUUACUCUUGUUUUUAUUGCAGCAGCAGUGGUAGGACUUUUAUAUCGCGGGGAUAAUCAAAUGAUGGCUGAUGCAGCAACAGCUGAAGAAGCCAAAGCAUGUUCCUCAUGCUUAUGUUGGAGUAGUGGAUGGGGUAGCUGUAAUGAUGGCGGUUGCACAAAAAGCGGCGGUUAUUGUGUUAAUUAUGGGCGUCCGCCAAAUAAUGAUUGUCAAUGUAUACCGAUUGGAAAGUACAAACUCCAUUUUAAAAAUUAA